AGUCUCACUCCCUUCUGUUUUCUUAGUCUCAACUCUUUUCCUUUCUUUUUUUUUUUCCUUCUAUAAAUCUCUGACACGGAGUUAUCGAUCCUCAGUUCCUUCUUCUUUCCCUGACUCCCAGCCGGAGAGGAGACGCGCCGAACACAUGGAAUAAAAGGCGCACGGACUCAUGAGGGCAGCAUGACGGUUACGCACCAAGUUUACGCGCUCCUGGCCGCCGUCUCCUCACUGGGAUUCCUCUGCAAAGCAGAUCCCCUCCCUCCUGUGUCGGAGAUCUCGUUCGAGUGGCUGAAUGGCUUCUUCUUGAAGGUGUCCUGGACCUGGGAGAGACCCGUAGACCUCCCCCCGAGCUGCGAGGUCGAGUAUUACGUGUAUCGGCCAACGACGGCAGCGUUCAGCACAACGGGUCCACAUAGGAAAACCAUACUCCAGCAGGACGUUGACAGAUACCUGACAGAAGAAGCAGGCUCGGGUCGAUGGGACAUCGACGUUCAAGUCGUCGGCGUUCCGCCCUGCGACAACUGGAAGAGCAAAAACACCAGCAAAACCGUGACCACGAAGAAGCCGAGAGGGGAGCUGGUGGAGGACUUUAAAUGCGUGACGGACCCCGACGGAAUGAACUGUUCCUGGAUCCCGCUCGAUCCAGAUCUGAACGUAACGCUGUCGUACGGGAGUUGUGAAGAAAGUGAGGAGAAUAUGACGAGUCUAAAAAAGUGUGACGAGCGUUACGUGGACGGGAAAAGGAACGGUUGUUACCUGAGAGACGAAGACGCGUGCGUGCUCAUAGAGACCGAGUCUGAGUUGAAAACCUUCGAGGCUGCUCUCGUAAUACGUUUGCCGAAGAUGAGCAUCAGAGAGGACGGAGACCAUCUCCGUCUGACGUGGACCAGUCCAGACGUUGGAACGGCUUGUGUUUGGGAAUACGAGGUCUGCUACACAGAAUGUGAAAUACCCAGAAACUGUCUAACCACUCACAUGGACGCCACGGAAGACGGCUCUUUAAAGAUUCUCUACGAUGACCGGUGUCGCUAUGAGUUUAAGUACAAAGUCAAGACCAGCCGUUACUGCAUCGAGGUGCCGAGCGAUGGCAGCGGCUCCAUGACUUACGUCCCUCAGGGAAAAGGCCCUGCACCAAGCAGCGAUCCAGGUGGUAACACUCCUCCCGUCCUGUCCUUGAGCUCCACGAUUGUGAUCGCCAGCGUCCUUUCAGUCGUCCUGUCCGUCUGCCUGGUUCUGACCUGCUACUGCUUCAAGAGACAUAGAGACAUUUUCUGUCCCAGCAUCCCCGAUCCUUCGGCCAUAUUUAAGGGAAUGAUGGUGAACGGAAACAAGGACUUGAUGCCGAGCACGUCGAGCCACCUGUACACGCCGAUGCCCGAAGCCGUGGAGUGCUGCAAACUCAUCCUCGUGGCUGAAAACAGCACCGUCCAGGAAAACUCCUGACUCCUGAACGCUCUCGUGUAUGGGAUGCGCUUUAGUGGAACUGUUUAAGGAUCCUCAGAGGGACGGUGCCCGGUCCCGCCCAGAACAAGAACCUCUCCACCUCUCAGAACCGUCUUUGGAGGGACCUUCGACGUACUCCCCUGGUUUUGCUGCUCCUCUCAGAUGGAGACUGUGACAGUGGCGUCCAGCGCCCGAAUGGCAGCAGCCGUGGUCAGAAACUGGUUACAGUGUGGCGUGAAAAGAAAAGUCUGUUCCUGCUUCGUAUUUCCCUCUCACCAUGUGGGUCAACCCAGGAAGGACACGGGUUAGCAUGUCAGAGCUAGCUGCUGUUUGAUGAUGAGUUCAUUUCUAAAUGCUUGAGCUGAUCCGCCGGAGUGAUUAUACGCCUGCUACUGUAACGCCACAGCCUUGUUUUCAUUCUCUAGAUUAAGGUACUGUCUAUGAAUUACGCUGUGAUCGAUAAAUAUUUAGGCAUGCGUCCCUUUUCUGAGCAGCGGCCGGCUUGAUGCUGGAUUUAUUUAUUGAUAUGUGUAUCGAUAGUACACUGGUGUCUACUGAAGUCAGCGAACUGGCCGGCGUCAUCUUGCAAUGCCUGUUUGUGCCACAAGGUGGUGUCGAGAGCCAACAAAGCAGAAGCAGCACAGCAAUGGUGGAAAGAGAGGUAGCUACGGAGUCAAGGACGGCACAGCAGGGCCGUUUAUCCAUCCUUCACACGAUUGAUCCACUGUGCUUGAACUUUCUUUGGGGAAACGUCUGACCUGAGCCCCAGAUUGUUUCUCUCUGUGUUUCUUUGUUUUUGUGUGUGUGUGUGGAAACUAAUAGACUUAUGUCUUUAAAGGGGAAUUUGUAAUGUUUGUGUGAUUUAUUUUUUAUUAUUUGGAAAACAGGAAAAAGAAAAAAAAAAGAUGGAAACAGGGUCUUGUUCAAACUGGACGAUAAAAUGAUUGAACAUA